AAUCAUCAAGUUAUACUUAAGAGAUCUGCAAAACAAACAAAAAUGGCUGUAGAUUUGUUAGGUUAUUCAAAUAUGAUGGAACAAUUAGCUUUACAAGAAGCUGCUUCAGCCGGUUUAAAAUCUAUGGAUAAUUUAAUCCGGUUCGUUUCAUUUCAGCAACAGCAGAACCAAACGGCUCAGCCGGAUUGUAGAGAGAUAACUGAUUACACUGUUUCGAAUUUUAGGAAGGUUAUUUCUAUUUUGAACCGGACCGGUCAUGCCCGGUUUAGACGUAGUUCGGUUCAGGUUUCUGAUUCAUGUACUGCUCUUUCUUUAUCUCCGGCAGCGGAGGAAACACAGCCGGCGGCGAAGGUUACGGCGACUGCUCUGCCAUCAAAGGCGGUGACUCUAGACUUUACGAAACCAAAGGUUGCUAAAUCUAUAGGUUGUGAAGCAGUCCCGAUGGCGAGUUCGACCACUUCGUCGUCGUUUAUGUCGACGAUUACAGGUGAAGGAAGUGUAUCAAACGGGAAACAGUUUUCGUCGAUGAACUUACCUCCACGGCCGCCUGUAUCGUCCGGGAAACCUCCAAUAGCCGGAAAAAGGUGUCGUGAUCAUGAUCUGUCGGAUGAAUUUUCUGGUAUAACCUCCAGCUCAGGCAAAUGUCACUGCAAGAAGAGGAAAUCUCGGGUUAAAAAAGUGAUCAGAGUGCCGGCGAUCAGUUCAAAAACCGCUGAUAUUCCGGCAGAUGAGUACUCAUGGAGAAAAUACGGUCAAAAGCCAAUCAAAGGUUCACCAUACCCACGGGGAUAUUACCGAUGUAGUAGCGUAAGAGGAUGCCCAGCGAGAAAGCAUGUAGAGAGAGCCACCGAUGAUCCGGGAAUGCUUAUCGUGACUUACGGAGGAGAGCAUCGUCACGUUGCCCUCGCCGGAGCUAGAAGUUCCGGCGAGAGAAUGAUGGUGUUUGAGUCAACGGCACAAAAUAAGGGAGAAAGAUUAGGGUUAGAGAUUUAGGCCUUUUUUUGUAAUUUCGGGGUAGUAAAGGGGGUGGAAUUGACAUUUGAGAAGACUAAAGAAUAGAAAAGUCAAUAGUUGGGUGGAAGUUGAGGGUCUGUUUGUAAAUUUGGGAAAUUUUGACUACUUUUUAUUUAAUACGACAAUCGAGAAGGUUUAGAAAUUUUCACGUUUGACUAAUAUACUUUUUACUUGGAAAAAGAAAAUUAUUCUUUUAUAUUUAUUGUAAUUUAAACUUAAUUAUUAAGAUUCGUCAUGA